AUGAGUUCCUCAAAUUCUCACUCAAAUCCACCUACAUCAACACCAAAAUACGUCCCUCCGCAUCGCCGAUCACCUACAUACCAUGGCCAGCCUUACCUCACAUACGACGACCUACAUAGAAGAUACUCACCUCCAAAUUCACCACGACUCCAUAUGCCACGUGUGCAGCGCUCUAUAUCUGCUGAGGAUCUUUAUCAGCGAUUCACCAAUCAAGAGGAGAUACCAGGACAACAACAGGAGACGCAGGGCCAAAACUCGCCUGGGAUCUCUGUUCCGCCCCCGUCCCCACCUCCACCCACUCCACGAGAUUUCGAGGCACUCAGAGCAAACCGACAUCGACCAAUGUCACCACAGCCAGUCAGACAGCCACUCAGCCCAAGGCUACCAGAUCCACCUGUCUUCACGGGCACUAAUUCAAUACCAUUUGAUGACUGGAAAAUGAGAAUCCGAGACAAGCUUACCCACAAUGGUGAUCAUUUCCCCACCGAUGCUUUCAAAAUUGCCUACGUUAUAGCGAGACUUGGAGGGGAAGCCAGUCAACACGUGUCUACCAGACGACGAUAUCGCUCGUACUCUACAGUCGAUGAUCUUCUAGAUCAUUUAUGCAACGUGUAUGAGGUACCCUUAUCCGUUCUUAAGGAAACCUAUCAACAUGCUUACGACAAAAUAAGCCAAGGAAGUCAACCAUUUCUCAAAUUCUACGGUGAUCUCAUCAAAUAUACCGAACAUAAUUUCAAGAAUGAUAGUCUCAGGAAUGACAGUCUGAUAAACGAUAUACGAAAGAAAUCGGAACUCCGUUUAUGUGACUCAAUUGGUCUAUUGGCAAGGGAUUGGACUGUGUCUGAAUUAAAGGAACGUAUUAUGAGAAUGCAGCUUCAAUAUCAACAAUCUGCUGAGGAGUUCGCCGAAAAGAAGGCCAAAAGAUUCGCGGAGCAAUACGCAAAAGCAAAGGCCGAGGCUGACGCAAAGAAGGGAUACUCGAUUAUGACUCGCCCUACUUUCAAUACACAGGGUUUAAGUCUUGCUGAGGCAGAGGACCUUGUAGAUGAGAAUUGGGCUUAUGCACAAAAGCAUGGUAAAUACUUCGAACCCGGUAUGGAUGUCGAUGAAGCAUACGAGCUUAGUUGCCAGGGCUUCCUAUGA